AUGAGCAACAAACGUCCCAUGGUUGGGCAAUAAGAUCAUGAAUCAGUCAAUAUGAUUUCCAUAGCCUUUUCAUUUAGUUGAGGAAAUGAUAGAUUGUUGAAGAGGGGAGGUGAACUUGGGAACUUGGUAAGAUGGCAGCCUCAUCCAGGAGAAGGAAAGGGAAGGUUAGAUGGAGCAAACUGUAUACUUUUGCAUGCUUGCGGCCCUCAACAUCCGAAUCAUCUUCCGCUCAAGAGCUCAUCGGCCAGCCAGGAUUUUCUCGGGUAGUUUUCUGCAACGAACCUCACCUGCACAAGAGAAAGCCUUUCAAGUACCCUCACAACUAUACAUCCACAACUAAAUACAACGUUCUGACUUUCCUUCCAAGAGCACUUUUUGAGCAGUUCAGAAGAGUUGCCAAUUUCUAUUUUCUAUUGGCAGCAGUACUGUCGCUUCUUUCUUUGGCUCCUUUCUCACGAGCAAGUUUGAUCGCUCCUUUGGUGUUUGUGGUGGGAAUCAGCAUGCUCAAAGAGGCUGUGGAAGAUUGGCAUAGAUUUUUGCAGGAUUUGGACGUAAACAAUCGAACUGUAAAGGCUCAUGCGAGCAAUGGAGCAUUUGUAGAUAAGUUGUGGAAGGAACUUCGGGUCGGAGAUGUUGUAAAGGUUAAUAAAGAUGAAUAUUUUCCAAGUGAUCUUCUUUUAAUAUCUUCCAGCUAUGAGGAUGGUGUUUGUUAUGUAGAGACCAUGAACCUUGAUGGAGAAACGAAUCUGAAAAUUAAAAGAUGCUUAGAAGCCACUCUUUCUUUGAAUGAGGAUGAAGAAUUCAGGAAUUUCAAGGCCAUUGUCCGUUGUGAGGAUCCGAAUCCUAAUCUUUACACCUUUGUGGGGAAUUUAGAGUUUGAGAAUAGAUCCUAUCCCUUGUGCCCUUCCCAAGUGCUUUUAAGAGAUUCAAAACUCCGAAACACUGAUUACAUUUAUGGAGUGGUGAUCUUUAGUGGACAUGAUACGAAAGCAGUUCAGAACUCCACAAGGUCACCAUCUAAACGUAGCCGGAUAGAGAGAAUAAUGGAUCGCAUUAUCUACCUUCUUUUUUCAAUGCUUCUGUUGCUUUCCUUGGUUUCUUCCAUUGGAUCUUCGCUGUUUAUAAGGCACGACAUGGUUGAUUGGUGGUACCUGCAGUUGCCAGAUGACAAUAAGGUCCAUGACCUUGAGGCCUCCAACCGGCAAAAAGAUAAUGAUAAGUUCUUCAAUCCAUCAAAGCCAGUAAACUCUGCUAUUUUACAGUUCAUACGGGCCCUCAUAUUGUAUGGCUACUUAAUCCCCAUUUCUUUGUAUGUCUCCGUUGAAGUUGUCAAAGUUUUACAAGCAAUGCUUAUUAAUAAGGAUAUAGAAAUGUAUGAUGAAGCAACAUGCAAGUCAGUUCAAGCCCGGACUUCAAAUUUAAAUGAAGAACUUGGUCAGGUAGAAAUGAUACUGUCUGAUAAAACUGGGACUUUGACAUGUAAUCAGAUGGAGUUCAGGAAAUGCUCAAUUGCUGGAAUUUCAUAUGGGGGUGAUGUAACUGAAGUUGACCUUGCUGCAUCAAAAAGAAUGAAUGUUGAUUUUGAUGCUUGUCAGUUCAGUGUUGAUGAGUCCGAUGGAAUAAGCCAAAGCUAUGAAGUAUUUGAAUUCCCAGUAUCCGAUUUUAGUGCUAAAAAGGCUGUUCUCGGAUGCCGAGAAGUUCUGGAUAAUACAAAUAGAGGGAAUUCAAGACUUUCCGAGGAGGAAUCUGUUAUCAAGGGUUUCAACUUUAGAGAUGACAGGCUUUUGAACAAGAACUGGAUACAUGGAUCCAGUUUAUUGGAAUUUACAAUGUUCUUUAGAGUCAUGGCUUUGUGUCAUACAGGCAUACCUAUUGAAGAUGAUAAAAUCAAUAAGCUAAGGUAUGAAGCAGAGUCACCAGAAGAAGUAGCUUUUCUCGUUGCCUCGCAAGAGUUUGGGUUCCAAUUUUUCAGAAGAACACAAUCAGUGAUGGUUCUUAAGGAGUUUGACCCCUCUUCUAGGAUGGAGGUGGAAAGGGAGUACAAGCUACUUAAUCUUUUGGAGUUCAGUAGUUCACGUAAGAGGAUGUCUGUGAUAGUGAGCAACGAAGAUGGUCAGAUAUUUCUACUUUGCAAAGGUGCAGACAGCACAAUCUUCGAUAGACUAGCUGAUAAUGGUAGGACCUACGAGCAAGCAACAACUUCGCACCUUUCAAAUUAUGCAGAAGAUGGUCUUCGCACUCUAGCAUUGGCUUACCGGACAGUUGAGGCAGCUGAGUAUGAAUGUUGGAACACUAUAUUUACGCAAGCCAAAACCACAAUUGGUACUGAAAGAGAAGAAUUACUAGAGAAAGCAUCAGAAAUGAUAGAAAAGGACUUAAUCUUAUUGGGGGUCGCAGCAGUUGAAGACAAGUUACAAAAAGGGGUUCCAGAGUGUGUAGAUAAACUUGCUCAAGCAGGGUUGAAAAUAUGGCUGCUCACUGGUGACAAGAGGGAGACGGCAAUAAAUAUAGGAUUUGCUUGCAGCUUACUCCGUCAGGAUAUGAAACAAUUCCAUUUGAGUUUUAGCAGAGAAGCAGAGUCUAACAACCAAGUAAAGGCUAUGAAAGUAGAUAUUUUGCACCAAAUUGAAAGUUCUUACAAAGUCAUGUGUGAAGAAAGAAACAAAGAGGCUCCAUUUGCUUUGAUUGUGGAUGGAAAAGCUCUUGAAGUUGCUUUGAGAGGGGACGUGAAGGAUCAGUUCUUACAAUUGGCUGUUAAUUGUGCUUCUGUCAUAUGCUGCCGAGUGUCCCCGAAACAGAAAGCUCUGAUCACUAGAUUGGUAAAGGAAUAUACGGGCAGAACAACUCUUGCAAUUGGAGAUGGGGCAAAUGAUGUUGGCAUGAUUCAAGAAGCUGAUAUUGGAGUUGGGAUCAGUGGUAUGGAAGGAAUGCAGGCAGUCAUGGCUAGUGACUUCUCACUACCUCAAUUUCGAUUCCUGGAGAGAUUACUUAUAGUUCAUGGGCAUUGGUGUUAUCAGAGAAUAGCAAAGAUGGUUCUGUACUUUGUCUACAAGAAUGUUGCAUUUGGCCUCACCCUAUUCUACUAUGAAUUAUACACAAGUUUCUCUGGGGAGGUCUUGUACAAUGAUUGGUAUAUGACAAUGUUCAAUGUGAUGUUGACAUCCUUGCCUGUCAUCGCAAUAGGAGUCCUGGAACAGGAUGUUUCAUCAGAUGUAUGCUUGCAGUUUCCAGCCCUUUACCAGCAAGGGCCAAGGAAUGUACACUUCAGCUGGAGCCGCAUCAUUGGCUGGAUAUUGAAUGGGGUGGUAACUUCUCUAGUCAUAUUCCUGGCAAACGUUUACAUCCUUUCUCCUAGUGCAUUCCGACAAAAUGGAUAUGUAGCAGAUAUCAAUUCUCUUGGUGCCAUAACAUACACCUGCAUAAUCUGGACAGUCAAUUGUCAAAUUGCUCUAAUCACAAGCCACUUCACUUGGAUCCAACAUCUCUCCAUAUGGGGCAGCAUCUUGUUAUGGUACAUUUUCUUGAUACUCUAUGGUACAUUGCCUCCAUAUGUAUCAGGGAACGCAUUUCAGGUCUUCAUUGAAGAUAUUGGACCAGCACCCUUGUAUUGGAUGGUUACCUUGCUCGUCGUCAUUGUUUCUCUUCUUCCUUACUUCACACACAUUGUCAUUCAAAGAUCAUUUUAUCCCAUGGACGAUCAUAUCAUCCAAGAAAUGAAGUACUGCUUCAAGAGAGAUAUCGUCACAGAUAAUCAAAUGUGGUUAAGGGAGCAAAGAAACUCCCAGAGAUCUACUCACAUUGGUUUUUCAGCAAGAGUUGAUGCAAAAGUUUUGUCAUUCAAAGAACAAUUGCAUCAAAAGAAUUAUCAAUUUAUAGAUGAUCUCUGACAAGCAGCCCAACAUAAACAUGAAAGACCAGCAGUACCCUUUUCCUAAUACUACUUUCCUUUUGCUUUUGCCUUUUAGAGGAAUGAUAUCAAACUUCCUCAUUCUUUAAUUCAUUCAACGAUUUG